CUCUCUUCUCUCUCCUCUCUCCUCUCUUCCCUCUCUCUCUCUCUCUCUCUCUCUCACUGUACUGCGAUUUUUCUCUCUCUUCUCUUCAUCUCUUCUGCAACCCAAAACGACAGAGGCUCCGCUGUCAAGAUUCUUCUCUUUCUUUCUUUCUGUCUCUCUCCUCUCUCCUCCACUUUUCUCACCCCUUAUCUCUCCCUAAUUCCUGAAAUUUUCCCGAGAAACAAACACCCUGGUUCACAUGGUUUUAGUGGUUGAGAUGCUUUUUUCAGUGCUUUGAUUGUUGGGUUUUUUUGGGUUGUUUGCGGGUUUUGGUUUCAUGGGGUGUACGACUUCUAAGAUUGAUGAUCUCCCGGCGGUGGCGCUUUGCCGAGAGAGAUGUGCUUGCUUGGAUGACGCGAUACAGCAAAGGUACACUUUUGCGGCGUAUCAUGUGGCGUAUAUGAAGAGCUUGCAGAUGAUUGGAGGGUCGUUGCAGGAAUUUUUUGACCUGGAUCUUGAUGGGUCAGCAGCGUCGCCGGUGCUGCCGCUGCCGGUUCAGAAAAAAGGAGAUCAUGAGGUUCAGAGGGAAAUCAAACUUAAGGCUGAGCCCUCGGGCUUGUCGCCGGCGGCGGCUGCGUUGAACGACCGUUCGAAUUCUAAUUCCGGGUCGCAUCUUAACUUUCACUCGGAUUCGGACGACGAAGACGGUAGCAUGGAAUCCCUCCACCAUUCCGAACACUAUUCGCCUCGUCAUGGCUAUCAGGACCAUCUCGGUUACGAUGAGGAAGCCCUAAGUUCAUUUCCGAGAGGGUUCAUGAAUGUGAACAUGAAUUACAUGAAAAAUCAGGCCACACAGUCGGUGACGUACCAGCACCGGCCGGCGAGUCCCGAGAAGAUGCACAUGGGCGAAGCUUCGUACUACUCAUAUGCCUAUCCGAACAAUAAUCCUAGUUCUUACCCCUACGGUUAUGGUGGUGGAAAUUACGGCUACUAUGGCCAGCAGCCGCAGCAGCCGUAUGGGGCUUCAUCGCCCGCUAUGGCAACGGGGGCGUCAUCUUCGAAACCGCCUCCACCACCGCCAUCACCGCCUAGCAGCUCGGCUUGGGACUUCUUUAACCCUUUCGAGAGUUAUGAUAAUAAAUACUAUCCUCCAUAUACCCCUAGUAGAGACUCGAAAGAUUUGAGAGAGGAGGAGGGUAUUCCUGAUUUGGAAGAUGAGGAUUAUCAGCAUGAAGUUGUGAAGGAAAUUCACGGAAAUCAGAAGUUUGUGGAUGGCGAUGGAGGUGGUGGCAAUUACGCAAAGAUGAUGGAGAAUCAGAGCGAGAAGGUGGAUAAUAUGGAUGCCCAUUAUCAGAGACAGAGUGUUUCAGCGGAUAACGACAGAGUGGAGUAUGAGGUGCAUAUGUUGGAGAAGAAGGUGGUUGAUAGUGAGGAGAAGGCCGGAGAUCGGGGUAAUGUGGCUGCAUUCAAAGCUCGUGGCGGGCCUCGGGGUAUGUACGAGGUGGUGAGGGAAAUUCAGGUUCAGUUUGUGAGAGCUUCAGAGUGUGGAAAUGAGCUUGCCAAAAUGCUGGAGGUGGGAAAGCACCCAUACCACCCAAAAAAUCAAGUUUCUUCGAAGAUGUUGCAUGCCAUUUCUCCUUCGGUAGCCGCUUUAGUAUCCUCACAGCCUGCUACUUCCAAAAAUGCCGAGUCCUCGGCUUCCGCUGAGAAGGCUGAUCCUAUGGAGUUGGAAUUUAAUGGAGGUGCCGGGAUGAGAUCAGGAAAUCUCUCUUCUACCUUACAAAAGCUGCAUCUUUGGGAGAAGAAACUCUAUGAUGAAGUCAAGGUUGAGGAAAAGAUGAGAGUAGCCCAUGAGAGGAAGAGUCGGAAGUUGAAGCGUCUGGAUGAAAGGGGUGCUGAGGCUCACAAAGUUGAUUCGACCAGAAGUAUGAUCAGGAGUCUUUCCACAAAAAUAAGAAUUUCCAUUCAGGUUGUUGAAAAGAUUUCUCUAAAGAUAAAUAAAUUAAGAGAUGAUGAGUUGUGGCCACAACUAAAUGAAUUAAUUCAAGGCCUAACCAGGAUGUGGAAAUCUAUGCUUGAAUGUCACCGUAGUCAGUGUCAAGCAAUCCGAGAAGCUAGAAAUUUAGAUGUCAUUUCAUCUCACAAGCUUAGUGACGCCCAUCUUGAUGCUACAUUGCGGCUUGAACGUGAUCUUCUUCACUGGACUUCAAUGUUCUCUAGUUGGAUUGCUGCCCAGAAGGGUUAUGUCAGAGCCUUAAAUAAUUGGCUCGUAAAAUGUCUUCUAUAUGAGCCAGAAGAAACAGCAGAUGGAAUAGCUCCCUUCUCUCCUGGGAGGGUGGGUGCACCUCCUGCAUUUGUAAUUUGCAAUCAGUGGUCACAAGCUAUGGAUAGGAUUUCUGAGAAAGAAGUUGUGGACUCUAUUCGUGUUUUUGCCAAGAGUAUUUUUCAGCUUUGGGAACGGGGUAGACUAGAAAUGCGCCAGAGGGCGGUGGUUGAUAAGGAUUUAGAGCGGAAAGUUAAGGACUUGGAUAGGGAGGACCAGAAGAUUCAGAAGGAGAUUCAAGCCUUGGACAAAAAGAUGGUUCCGAUUGCAGGGCACAGUGACGGCCUCGCAUUAGCUGGACAUCUUGUGUACCAAAGUGAAACCAGCAGUAAUAAUAGUAUACAUGCGAAUUUGCAACAUAUUUUUGAAUCCAUGGAGAGGUUCACAGCUAACUCCUUGAGAGCCUAUGAGGAGCUUUUGCAACGAAUUGAAGAAGAUAAGCUUGCUGAGGCAUGAGAGUUUUUAAUAGUGUCAAGUGAAAUGAAAUCGUAUCCAUUGCUUUCAUGUUGGUAAUUUUGGUUCAUUAUCUAUGGCAUAUGGUCCUUCCUGCAAGACUAUCUGAAGCUCAACUUGAGGAGCACACUGCCCCUUUGGGAAAGACAGGUGUGAGGAAAAUUUUGGCUGAUUCAUGUGAGCAGCAGUUUGUUUUGGUGGCUCAGAUUCCUGGAGAAUAUCAUUGGUCCCAACUCCAAUGGAAUUCCAUUUUGAGCUACAACCACUGCCAUUGAGUUAUUGUCUCCAAAGGAAGAAAGGUCAAGAUACCAAACAAGAAGUAUUGAUGCAAAGCCAAUUAGGUUUCAAUUUGGUUUCCCUUGAUCGAAAAUGAUGAUUCCAAAGCUGUUGCUGGGUUAAGUGGAGGGUGAUGUUUACCAAAUUUGUCGUUGCCCAUUGGUUUCAUUACUGAGCUAGUCUUGCAGCUGUGUAAAAUGAGAACGAAGACGCAUAAGUGGAACUCCCAUUUUAAGCAUACUAUUUCCCAUUUGGGUUUGGGAAAACAGCUUUCCAUGGAAAGAUCAAUAGCACAGGCAGCUGGGUCAGGCAGAGAUGGUCCUUGGAGGAAGCAGAUUUCACUCAAAACAGUUUUGCACCAAGAUGAAUUCUAGGGUUAUGGGCAAUUUAGCACGACGCAAGUCGUGGAAAUGCCCAUAUAUCAUAUGCUGUAAUUAUAAAAAUAAAUUUUGCUUUAUUUUAAUGAUCACUUUAGAUUAAGUUAUUGUACAGAAGAUCUUGACAUUGGAGCAUUUUGAAAGCACUUGAUUAGAGUGGUUUGGACGCAAUGAUUCUUUUAUUUAAUUAAUAAGCUUUUGUCGAA